AUUUUCAUGCACUUUUUGUCAAGAGAGAAAAAAAUAUGGGGAAAACACUUUGGUCCUUUGUGGUUUUCACAUGCCUUUUGAUUCCUCUAGCAGUUGCAGAUUGGAACAUACUGAAGCUGCAGACACAAGAUGGAUUGAAGAUCAGCCUGAAGAACUAUUGUGAAAGCUGGAGGAUGAAUGCGGAGCUGCACAACAUUAGGGACUUCCAAGUUGUGCCUGAAGAGUGCACUGAAUACAUAGGAAAAUAUGUUAAGUCCACACAGUACAAAGUAGACUCACAGAGGGCAUCUGAAGAGUGCUUGGUUUACCUUAGCACCAGCUGUAAUUUGAAGAAAGAUGGAUUCGAUGCUUGGAUUUUUGACAUUGAUGAUACCCUGCUUUCAACUGUUCCUUACUACAAGAAUAAUCUAUAUGGGGGAAAGAAACUGAAUGUGACAUCUCUAGAGGAAUGGAUGCGCAAAGGCAAUGCACCUGCUCUUGAUCACUCAUUGAAGCUAUACAAUGAACUUAAAUCCAGGGGUGUGCAAAUCAUUUUGGUUACUUCAAGGAAGGAGCAUCUCAGAUCAGCCACAAUUGACAACCUUGUCAAAGUUGGUUAUUAUGGGUGGACUAAAAUUGUCUUUAGAGAUCCUGCUAAUGAAUUGGUGUCAGUGCAAAAGUACAAGUCUGAUGUGCGAAGGCAAAUAAUAAAUGAGGGUUAUCGCAUUUGGGGCAUUGUUGGGGACCAAUACAGUAGCAUUGAGGGGAUUCCAAACCCCAGAAGGGCAUUUAAACUCCCAAAUCCGAUGUACUAUGUUGCCUAAUGUAUCUCAUUCACUGUGAUUGCAUUAUUUCUCCCUCAUUUUCAACUUAUAGAAAAGAUAAUUUGUUGCAAUAAGUUAAACAAAGCCAACCAGUAACUUGUAGGUAGAGGUGAAAAUACUUGAAAAGAUUUGUGCCGUGCAAAUUUACCAACUAAUGCUCAAUACUUCAAUAGCAUCAUUAAUAAUAUUUGUUUCAUGUGGACUAAUAUUAUAAGACAAUUAUAUUAGUUAUCUAUCAUCUGUGGAUUUUAUUUUAUGUGAUCAAAUUAAGUGAGCCCGUUAGACAACCAAAUUAGAUGAUAUGAACUUAAAUGAGUAGAUGUCAGUGUUGACCCAUUAGGGGAUAAUGGGAACCCAAUUAGGUUAACACACCAUAAGAAGACUAUGGUUCCCAAUAUACCGAGCCGUCAUAGUUUCUUUUCUUCAGAUCUGAAGAGUUACAAAGGUCUUAUUAAGAACUAAAAGGUUCCGGUAGAGGAAGAACCAUGAAGCCACCGGUUACCUACGGAUUCAGAUUCCGUUGCAUUUGUUGAUCAAUCAUUAUGGAUCCAUGUAUUCCAAAAACUCUUCCUAAUAAUAUAAUGUAAUGUGUUCUUGGUGGUUAUUGAUA